AUGAAGUUCUCCGAGAUCAUCAUCUUCUCCGCUGCCGUCGCUACUGCCAGCGCCGGCCCCAUGAAGCGUUCCGCCGGCAAUGAGCCCGUAGACAUCACCUUCAUCGCGCCCGAUGCUCAGUUCACCCAGAGCUUCCCUACCGACGGUUCCAGCGUCGAUAUCACAAACCCCCUGAGCAUCUCGCACAUCUCCUCCAGCACCGACGGUGUGACCUGCACCUUCGAGGGUAUCGACCAGGGCGAGACCACCGUGACUGGCGCCCAGUACGUCGACGUUGGACCUCCUCAGACCCAAGUCUCCGGCCACUGCACCAAGCUCUGGCGCCGUGACGCCCAACCCCAGCGCCGCGGUAGCGUCACUGUGGACUUCAUCGGUGCUGCCGAUGCCCACUUCGAGCAGACCUUCCCCACCGAUGGCACCUCCACAGUUAUCUCCAACGUCCUAAGCAUCUCCCACAUUGAGAUCGAUGUCAGUGGUGUGCACUGCACCUUCAACGGUGUCGACAAGUCGGUCACCGAUGUCUAUGGACCCGGCACUGUUGAUGUUGGUCCUCCCCAGACUCAGGUCGAGGGGCGCUGUUGGGCUUAG